UACUGGUCGACUUAUACUGAAUUGUCUAUUAAAGGUGUGCUGAAAGAAAAAAAAAACAGACUCUAACAGACUCAAAAAGGCUGAAUGAGGACGGACACUAUAGGAGCAUGAAUGACUCGUCGCGCCAUCACUUCAGCAUGAAAUACAUGGACUACAUGUAUAAUACUAAAAAUAACAUCACUUCGAACAGCAGUGCAACUCCCGGUGACAUGAAUGCAACAGGAAUCGCCCAAAUCAUGAUCCCUCAGGAAUUGUUUCUUAUGCUCGGCUUGAUCAGUUUGGUGGAAAACAUUUUGGUGGUGGUGGCCAUAAUCAAGAACAGGAAUCUCCACUCGCCCAUGUAUUAUUUCAUAUGCUGUCUGGCGGUGUCUGACAUGCUGGUGAGCGUAAGUAAUGUGGUGGAGACGCUCUUCAUGUUAUUGACGGAGCACGGGCUGCUGCUCGUCACUGCAAAGAUGUUACAGCACUUAGAUAAUGUGAUCGACAUUAUGAUCUGCAGUUCUGUCGUGUCCUCGUUGUCGUUCCUGUGCACUAUUGCCGCGGACCGCUAUAUCACCAUCUUUUACGCACUCCGGUACCACAGCAUCAUGACCACGCAGCGCGCCGUGGCCAUCAUCGCGGUGGUGUGGCUCACCAGUAUCACCUCUAGCUCAUUAUUUAUCGUUUAUCACACUGACAACGCGGUCAUCGCCUGUCUCGUCACGUUUUUCGGCGUGACAUUGGUGUUCACGGCGGUUUUGUACCUGCACAUGUUCAUCCUGGCGCACGUCCACUCCAGACGCAUCAUGGCCCUCCAUAAGAGCCGCCGACAAGCCACUAGCAUGAAGGGAGCCAUCACUCUGACCAUACUGCUCGGUGUUUUCAUUAUCUGCUGGGGGCCGUUUUUUCUCCACCUCAUCCUUAUCCUCACUUGUCCCACAAACCCUUACUGCAAGUGUUAUUUCAGCCAUUUCAACCUGUUUCUGAUACUUAUAAUAUGCAACUCGCUUAUAGAUCCUCUCAUUUACGCGUAUCGCAGUCAGGAGCUGCGCAAGACCCUCAAAGAAAUAAUUUUUUGUUCAUGGUGCUUUGCAAUAUGAUAUAGCCUAUUCUUUCUAGAGUUCUAAUGUUUAUUUUUUGAAACGCGUGGAGGAUUAUCGUAUGACGUAAAAAAACUCAAUUUUCAGCCUUCUUUUCUCCCUCUCUACAGAAAAGACUGGAUACUGAGGGACACAAAACUUUUUUUUUUUAUAAAAUAACCAUUUGACCAACUCUAUUUUUGAUUUACUAAAACAAUGCUUAAUUGGAUAGUUUAAACCCCCCAAAUAAAUGCAUCAUUCAUCAGAAAAAAGUGGGGAAAUUGUAUCAAUACAGCAUCCGUAGAUGCCUCUGUCAAAGAAUAAAAGCUCUGCAUAAAAGACAGUUUAAUCUUAAGCAACUUCAAUUUAUUGCUGGGAGAAAUAUACACUGCAUGCAGUGUCAGUUUCAACUCACCUACCUUUAACGUAAUACCACUACACAUUACCUUUGCUCUCCAUGAUUUGAUCGGAACAAUGUGUAUGCCACAAUCUAAAUAUUGGCCAAACUAACUAAGGAAUUGUCAUGACACCAUGAUUUUUAAAGACAACCUGAUGAGUAUUAGAAAUCCAUCUUCAAAGCACUUAUCCUCUGCAGGGUCACUGGGAGAAUUAGAUUGAUGGGGAAAAUUAAAAUUGAUGGUCGUUCAGUAGUGCAUGCAUUAUUCAGGAGAUUUUAUUUUUCAUGUUUUUAUAAAUUAUAAUUUGGCAACUCAAAAAACAAACAAAAAAAAAAAAAAACAGAAACCUAAUAGUGUACCUAACCUGUAUGUUUCAGUUGUUUUAUGAAAUGUUUAUAAUGUUCAUAAUGCUGUAAUAAGAAAAUAUGAAUAGCAUAUAGUAAAUGCAUCACCACAGUUUGCAAAUCAGUGCUAAUUACAGUUUAAUUUGAACAAACACUGAUUUGAUGUGAAAUCCUUUGUGUAAGAACAACAGUUGUCUGCUUAAUGAAUUCUACAGUUUCAGGCUUUAACCAAGUGCUGCUGUUGUCAGAAUAGUCAUAAAAAUUCAAAAUGUAUUUUUUUUUCUUAAUAAAUAAUAUUAAAAAAAUAAUAUUAACCAAGUCCUAAUGUGAUUCUUUUGAACAGAACUAUGUGGUGAAAGCUUGACAAGCAGCUUUUUAAAUUUGCUCUUCCACACAAACUUUUUUUUUUUUUUGUCUUUUAUCAAUCUUUUAUCACUUUUUAAUCCAUUAGAUACUCUAUUGACUUUUUUGACUCUUUUCCUAUUUGGUGUAAUUUAAGCUCAUCACAAGCUUUUUCACGUGUUUGAGAUGUGGCUGUGGGCAAGAGAACUGAUUUGAGUGAUGGCAGCCAUCAGGGCCACAUGCCAUUUCAUUAAGCCACUAAAUCUUCUGUCCCUCAUGGAGAACACAUGGUUCUCUUGUUUUAACAUACACUGAAUCCAAAGCUAUUCUCUUAAAAAUAUACUACAAAGACUAUGUAUAAAAAAAGAGACUUUUUAAGAAAAACUUUUACCAAACAGCAUAAUCUUUGUCAGAUUACAGACAGACUGGUACUGUUACUAUUUAUGGAAAACUUGACUACAUACCCUGUUAAUAAACCAAAUCUUUGUACAGAACAGUCUAAAUCAGGACCUGUUAUCUGUCACAAACAGUGACAAAUUGUGGCUUUAAGAACUAAAACAACAACCAGAGAGAACCAAUAUUUCUCUCACAAAUCUUUUCUCUCUGACUUAAUGUUCGCCCCUUUAUAAGGUAGGUUAGUAAGUGGCCACUAGUACUUGGGCAUCAAACUCAUGACUUACAUACAUAGGCCAUUUUUAAUUAAUAAACACCAAUGGUGAGCACAGACAUACAUGCCAUUUUAUUGUGGGCUAGUAAUAUUAUCGCACAUCUCUAUAUAUAAAGUUAGAUAUACAAGUAUAUCCAACUUUACCUGCAUGCAUAAGGUAUUUUCAUGUAAAGCAAAUUGUGAACCAGCUCUAAUCUGCUAAAUGCAACAAUAAGGCAUGAAGUUAUUAAGAUAUUAUUAACAAUACCAUCAUGAUUUUUUGUAACAAUGUGUAUUGUGAAUGUGCUGUACAAAUAAAUUUGGCUUGACAUGCACAAAAGUCCAGAAAUGUCUGCAUAUGGUAUGUACUAUUUUCAAAGACCAGAAGCUAGAUUGGAUAAAUGUAAUAAAACUGUUAAUAUUAAAGUUGCACUACAUUUUUUGGUCAGCGUAUAAUCUGUGUUCAAAACUGUGUUCAUGCCUUAAUUAAAUUUUAAGGUAUUUCAGAUUUAGGAGUAAAUUUUAGUCUCACAUCAUUAUCUGUCCUGCGUAUUUAUGUCGUAUCUGUAAACAGAAAUAAAGAAAUGUCAUUCCCAACUCAUUGGAGAAGUUUGGCUUUACUGCAGUAUGUUAUAACGAACUACUUAAAAUGUAGGAUAUCAAAACAGAUAAAGAAAAAUUUCAGUAUACACCAAAUAAAAUAUCAUAUCUGAGAGACAUGCAAGAUAUACAAGGGAAGUUGGGGAAUUGCAAAACUGUAAAGCAGAAUAUAAAAUAAGCCCUGCCCUAUCAAGACCCGAAGCAAAAUCAGAACAUCUCAGACAAAAUCUGGGCUAGGUUCUAAAAAAGAAACAAAGGAGACCUUAGUUAUCCAAGCAGGGCUUAUGAAAUCAUAGACUCAAAACAGCUUACAGUACUAUAAAAAAAAAAAAUUCCAUCCUUUCCUAGUCUGUUUGCCAAGUGUUCUUUUUAUUGGCCAUGCAUAAAAUUGGAUUAUUUUGCUUGUAAAACAUGGUCCUAUUGUAGAACACCUACUAUGUGUUUCUUUCUAGAUGUUCAUGAUGCAUGUCUGUGAGAAAACAACCUUUUAACAAAGUGAAAGAAAGAAAGAAAGAAAGAAACAAACAAACAAACAAAAAAGAAAGAAAAAAAGGAAAAGAAAUUCAAUCACCUGUUAUUGUCAGACCAGCCAUUCAACUGGACAGCAUAUUUUGGCAAUGUUAAAUUUGCACAUUUGUUUGAUAUGUUUAAACAUUGCAUAGGAAAAUCUUGUGCAGCCCUCAAUACUUUAAAUAUAGAGUGAAAUGUAGGAGACCUUUGUUUUCUUAGUUUUUAAUGCAUAUAGAAAAAUACCUCCACAUUUGAGGAAAAUAAUGUCAAUAAAAUAAAUUAAUCUCUCUUCCACUACACUCUCACGUGCAUUUGGU